GCAGUAAUUGUUCAGAGAUGUUUAGCAGCAGGCAGACAGGCACCAUCAUGAGCUGCCUCGUGCACUUUACCUGCAGCAAGAGGGAAAAGUACACAUCUCCAUGGGGACGGGAGAAACGGCACCCACUUGCACACACGCACACACACACUUAGUACAUUCAUUCCUGUAUGACAAUUAACAAUCACCUUAUUUAAGAAUGACACACAGAUAUUCACUGCUGAGUGUCUUGAGUUAUUAUGCAGUGCUACUGGAGUGAAAAAUGUGCCAGUUGGGCUGAAUGCGCUGCUGAUGUGCACUUCUUCAAGACGUCGGAGGUGGGAGCUGUGCGCAGGACGACUCCAGAUUUCACCAGCCUCAAAUAACGCGUGCUACACUAAAACUCUGCCACAAGACAGAGGGUCACAUGCGAAUUAAAGAAACUCCAACAGAGAUCCAAAUCGAGACAAACCGGGAUCUCGUCGAGCUGUUUUUAAAGCGAGAAACAGACGAAAAAGACAAGUGCCAGAGCUCCGGCUGGGUACAGUGACAGGAUGCUUUCUGAUGCCCAGUGUUUGGAUGAUUGGGGUGAGGGCAGAGGGCAUUCGGAGUCGUACCUUUGAGACCGUCUGUGGGGAAAUGCGCUGACCUCAGAGCUUUGCAUUUUAAAUCGGGGUUUAGAGGAGGAUGCGGAGGAUGCUGCAGUGAAGCUGGGUUUGCAUAGAUCGUAUCAGGCUGUCAGUGUGGAGCAGUGCUGGAAGCUGCAGGGCUGCUGUGUGCUGUGGGAAGUUCCUGAGAGCGCAGAGUGGCAGUCACUCACAGAGAGACACUUGUGCAGAGGGAGAGAGAGACGUGGAUUGGCGCUCUUUCUCUGAAGGACAUAAAACGCAGUAUCACACCUCUGCCUCUUUGCACGGGUGUGUUCGUUGUGGCUGCACCUCAGGGAUUUGAAGGAGGCGGGCGACUGGGCUUGGCACUGGCGUGAUGGUGGUGGUGUGGCUGCCUGAGGAAUGGGCCUGGCAGGCUGUUCUCCUGGUGACCGGACUGGCAUCACUGAGCCGUGGGUCUCAUGCCAACAUGUUGGACGCCCUGCUGCUGAAGAACGGCUGGAAGGGGGGAUCGGAGCAAAGGGCCGAGGAGAGCAGCAGCACGGCCACAGUUUCAGCUCAGAACAUGCUUUGGUGUCACUGCUACCACCACUGCCCCGAAGACUCCGUCAACAAUACCUGCAUGACUGACGGCUACUGCUUCACCAUGGUGGAGGAGGAGGAGGGGGGUCUGGCAGUACUCACUGCAGGUUGUUUGGGUCUUGCUGGGUCUGAGUUCCAGUGCAGAGACACGUGGAACGCACGUUCGAGGAGAGCUCUCGAGUGUUGCACAGAUCAGGACUAUUGCAACAGGGACUUGCAUCCUACUCUCCCUCCACUCAUGACGCCGGACUAUGUUGACAACAGUAUUCAGUACAUGGCUCUGUUCAUUUCAAUAACAGUCUGCAGUAUCAUCCUCGGUCUCAUCCUUGUCUUCUGUUACUUCAGAUAUAAGCGCCAGGAGUCACGGCCACGCUACAGUAUUGAUCUGGAGCAGGAGGAGACCUAUAUCCCCCCAGGGGAGUCCCUGAAGGACCUAAUAGAGCAUUCCCGCAGCAUCGGGUCUGGCUCUGGGUCAGGACUCCCUCUACUGGUGCAGCGCACUAUUGCCAAACAGAUUCAGAUGGUUAAGCAGAUUGGAAAAGGGAGAUAUGGAGAGGUCUGGAUGGGCAAGUGGAGAGGAGAGAGAGUGGCUGUUAAAGUCUUCUUCACCACAGAGGAAGAAAGCUGGUUCAGAGAGACUGAAAUAUAUCAGACCUUCCUGAUGAGACAUGAUAAUAUUUUGGGAUUCAUAGCAGCAGAUAUCAAAGGAACCGGUUCUUGGACUCAGCUCUACCUAAUCACAGACUACCAUGAGAAUGGAUCGUUAUAUGACUACCUCAAAUCCAACACCUUAGACAUCAAGGCUCUACUGAAACUGGCCUACUCUUCCAUAUCAGGCCUCUGUCACCUGCACACUGAGAUCUAUGGCACACAGGGCAAACCAGCCAUCGCACACAGAGACCUGAAGAGCAAAAACAUCUUGGUAAAAAAGAAUGGAUCAUGCUGUAUAGCAGAUCUUGGACUUGCUGUCAAAUUUAACAGUGACACCAAUGACGUGGAUAUCCCUCCCAACCUGCGAGUUGGUACAAAGCGCUACAUGCCACCUGAAGUGCUGGAUGAGACUCUGGACAGGAGCUACUUCCAGUCUUUUAUAAUGGCUGACAUGUAUAGUUUUGGCCUCAUCGUCUGGGAGAUGGCCCGACGUUGCAUUUCUGGAGGCAUAGUCGAGGAGUAUCAGCUGCCCUAUUACGACCUUGUGCCCACUGAUCCUUCCUAUGAGGACAUGAGAGAAGUCGUCUGCAUCAAGAAACAAAGACCUUCAUUUGCUAAUCGCUGGAGCAGUGAUGAGUGUCUACGGCAGAUGGGAAAAUUGAUGUCGGAGUGCUGGGCUCACAGCCCGGCAUGUCGCCUCACAGCCCUGAGGGUAAAGAAGACCCUGGCGAAGAUGUUAGAGUCCCAAGACAUCAAACUGUGACAGAGAGUCAACAGAGAUGUGCUCAUCAGCAGAGACUUGUCACUACCACUGGCACGCCACCAAUUACGCUGGCCAAUAGAAAAAAGGGAGAAAAAAAGAGGCUGUGAAUGAAAGGACAAAAGAAUCUAACAGGGAGGAUGAGUGAUGGAGAUAAAUGAUUGACAGGGAGCCGGAAAAAUGUAAGGUGAAAGAUUUAUUUUAUCAGUGGAGAUCUGCCCUUCCCGUUGUCUGAGCCAGCUCUGCCUCAGACCAAGUGUUCAGGUUGUGCUUUCUGUGAAAGCUGAGUUACUGUCGGGUCCGGACUUUCCAGGUGGGCAGGUGGACAGGGACCCUUGCAGGAGAGAAGGACUAAAAUCCCUCUGAUCAGUUCGAAACAGAGGAAGCUCCUGCUCUGCCCUUUUGAAGCCAUAUAGCAGAUGUUUUUUUGUUUUUGUUUUUGUUUUUUUUGUGCGGUCUUUUGCACUGUCACAGCUGCAUUCACGUUCCUGUUUUUGACUCAGUCACUGUCAGCUCCGUCCAUAGUGACCUUCAUCGAUCCAAAGAAAUGUCUAAUUCAUACUCAGUGACUGAUUGUCAUUGACUGAUAAUUAUAUUGUUAUUGUAAUUAUUAUUAUUAUUAUUGUUAUUAUUAUUAUUACAGAAGAAAGCUGAGUAAGAUUAAAUUAAUUAUAAAGGCAUAUGUCCAGCAGAAACAGAUUUUUCUGUAGUAUUCCUAUGUACAAUUUAUUUCAAUAUUAAAAGAUGACCUUUGGGUAAAA